CCACAACAACAUCGCCUUGUCUGUCUCAUCUUUCUUGCCCACUUCUUGCAAACAUCACUGCUCUACCGUACGCAUAGUAACAGGCCAACAUGGGAGCCGGUAAGCAUGACACGAUCAGAGCGAACUGGAGAUGUCUCCUCGCUUGCGUGCUGGUGUCCAUGAGCCCGUUCCAAUAUGGCGUUGACUUCGGCUGUAUCGCUGGUAUCCAGGCUAUGGUUGGCUUCCAACAAAUAUUCGGCUACAAGGACCCAGAAAUCCAAACCGGCUACAAUCUGACCCCAGAAGUGCAGCAGCUUAUAGGCUCGUUGAUGACCCUGGGCGCUGUUGUUGCAUCUGGUCUGGCUGGCCCCAUCGCUUGGAAGCUGGGACGCAAGACUUGCUUGUGGUUGGCCUGCAUCCUUUGCUGGGUGUCAGACAUCAUCAUGAUGGCUACCACCAACGUCGGCGGUCUUUACGCUGGCCGUCUUCUCAUCGGACUUGCCAACGGUCUCUUCAUGACCUUCUCCCAGCUCUACAUACAGGAAUGUGCACCUGCCGAGUACCGUGGGUUGAUGCUCUCAGCGUUCCAGUUUUGGACGUCUGUCGGCACGCUCAUUGGCACGAUUAUCGACAACUUCACCGCGCCACUUGGGGGCAAGAAGUCGUAUCUCAUUCCCCUCGGCGUAGUCUAUGCCGUUCCCGUCGUCAUCGCAGUCGGUCUCUUCUUCAUCCCAGAGUCCCCUAGAUGGUUGAUGGAGUCCAACCAGCGAGAGAGAGCACAGAAGUCUUUGAUGUGGCUUAGACCGAACAAGGACGGCAUCGAGAGCGAGCUGUUCGGCAUUCAAGAGGCUAUCGAAGAGGCGAAGGCCAACUCUGGCAAGGCAUUGUUCUUCGAGAUGUUCAGGGGCACUAACCUCCGACGGACAAUGCUUGCUGUUGGUGCUGUCAACACACAGGCUGCAUCGGGUGCGAUGUUCAUGAUUGCGUACGGCACGUACUUCUUCCAGAUUGCUGGUAUCGGCAAACCCUUCCAGAAUUCUGUCAUCCUGGUCACAGUCGGUGUGGUCGCCAUUAUUAUCAACACCUGCGUAAUUACACGCUACGGUCGCCGGCGACUGUUCCUCCUUGUUGGACUUAUCUUCUGCGCCAUUACCAUGCUCAUCUUGGCCGCCGUCUACACUGCCGCGCCGACGUCGCCCACUACUCUCAACCUUAUUGUCGCCAUGAGUGUCAUCUACAUCUUGAGCUACAACGGUGCCAUCUCGAGUUACGCAUGGCUAAGUGGUGGCGAGCUACCUCAACAACGAUUACGCUCCUACACCUUCGGCCUGGCUGCCUCCGUUGGAUUCCUUGGUGCAUGGCUUGCAACAUUUACUGCGCCAUACUUCAUCAACCCUGCCGCACUCGGCUGGGGUCCCAAGUACGGCUACAUCUGGGUGCCGUCCUGCGUGCUUGCCGCUGUUUGGGUUUAUUUUUGCCUACCUGAGGUCAAGGGUCGCACGCUUGAGGAAAUCGACGAGAUGUUCGAGAAGAAACUACCCGCACGAAAGUUCCUUGGCUACGUAUGCACUGGGCGUGCUGCCAUCGAGAGCAUGAACCGAAAUGCCAGCAUGAAUGACGAUGACUCCACCCACAAGAAGCAUGGCGGAGUUGAGACCAUUGAGCAUGUCUAUGGCGAUGAGAAGGCUGUUGCGGCGGCUGUGGAAACCGCCAUCAAUGUUGCUUGAUGCAGCAUUGGCAGUAUUAUCAUCAUUAGUGUGAUGCGUGGUGAAGAGGAAGCUGAUGGGUGUACAUAUCAAGUGCAGGUGGACAAGUAACAGGAAUUUGUAAAUCUAUUGCUCUGUACGUCCCCGGGUAUCAACGCAAAUAAACAGUGCCAUCUGUCGCAUUCACCGUUAUCGGAACUCUCAUAUGCACUCCAGAGGACCAAGACAUUUCG